AAUGUUUUUGCCCCUCAGUUGUUCGUCCUGCAAUCAAGGACGGCCGCGACAGCAGCAGCAGCAGCGACAGCAGCAGCAGCAGCCAUGGAAAAGUCUAAACUAUUUGCACCGUCCUAACUCAAGCACACGCAUAGGCCGUUCCUUUGCCAUAUCUACACGUGUUCAGCUCCGCACCGCCGCCUUCACCUCCCUCUCGUCGCUCCGACACCAGCAGCCUUUGCCUGUCCUGCCAGCGAUCCCAUCCGCCGCCAACUGAGUCGCCUCCCGAGGCUAAUCCCGGACGCGAAGAAAAAAAGCCUCCAGCCACAGAAGGCGACUCAGAACGAUAAACGACCGCAAGUGACGCAUAGACGACGCCCGCUCAGCGAGCCUUCCCGGCCCCCCAUACGCCCCUCACUCUCUUGUCUUUAUUUCGGGCGGGAGCCUUGCGCACCAGCACCCACUUGAGAAGAAGCUGAUCGUCUUCACUCAAAGUCGAGCGCACAAAUCCACCCAUGCCUCACAAUGUCUGCUUCUGCUGCUGAGGGAAGCCGGCCUCCACACCACAGCGACGGCCACGAGGCUGCCGAUGACGGAACCGUUUCCGUCUCGGGAAGCUCCUACAUAGGCAGCGACGCCUCCGAGCCUGAGCCAUCGGCCUGCCGCUGGCGCAGCGAGAGGUACUUCGACCAGGAGUGCUCCCGCUACUUUGACUGCCCCUCGCACAUGGUCGAGCGUGCCGUCUCUGAUCACGGCCACGGAGAUCCGCAGGAGCACGGUGGUCCCGCUCCGACGCCAGCCCCGGCUGGAGCCGACCAACCCAGCAGCCCACCUCCAUCCCGAGAUAUUGACCGCGUGGUUUCUGGCGGCAUCAACAGCGAGCUCGUGGGAGAGCGGCCAGUCGCAAUGGACGACAGGUCAACAGAGCAAGAUGCUCCAGCAACUCCCGUUCCUGUGCCGACUCCACCAGCACCUAGCGCCACCUCGAGUCUGGGGGAAGUUGGGGGUAAUCGAGAUAACCCUCUACGCUCGGCUCUUGUUGAAGCGCUGCAAAUCCAGGCUGCCACUGCUCCCCUCUCCCUCCUAAACCCCUCCGGGAGCGGCCGCUCGACAUCCGCUCUAAUUCCUGGCUCGAGACCUCUGCCUGCUCGCCCACCUCGCGACACAGAAGAACCUCCUCUCCCGUCGCUUCCGCCCCCGUCGCCCCUGACCGAAGGUCCCACGGCCCGGUUGGGCGCGCCGCCAACUUUAGUUCCCAGACUUAGCCGAACAGGGGAGAGUACCGGGAGGCGGCAGCCUGCGCCUGCAAUUGUGUUACCCAGGUGGCAGCCUGACGCUGAGGUGACACUGUGCCCGAUAUGUCAUACUCAGUUCAGCAUUUUUGUUAGGAAGCACCACUGCCGAAAGUGUGGGAGGGUGGUCUGUAACUCGUGCUCGCCCCACCGAAUCACUAUUCCCUUCCAGUUUAUCGUGCAGCCGCCAGGGCAGACACGCGGGCCACGAUAUGCGCACCCCAUUCUAGGUGGCGAACUGGGCUACCCCGAUUCGAGUGCUCUGGCGGGCGGUGACCGGGUGCGCCUGUGCAACCCCUGCGUCCCCGACCCGAAUACCUCUCCGCCCCAGGCACAGCUCUCGCCCGGCGCUCGGCGCUCGCCUCACAACAGGUCUCAGAGCAACGCCGGGACCGCCCCGACCUCACCCGACGGCGUCUCAGGUCGCCACCCAGACUUCUACGUCUCUCUCGGCGCCAUAGGAAACGCCUACGCGAGAAGUAGGAGCAUAACAAUGCAACCCGAAGGCGGUGGCGUUUCCCCGGGAUCGAGAGGAUCCAGCAGCGCUUAUCCGUCCACACAGAGGAGCAUAAUGACAGGCACGCCACCUUCAUAUCUCCCUUCUCAGCAUCGCUACCAGCCGACCAUGGAUCCACGACAGUCAGGCGGCCCCUCGACGACGGCUCACUACCGCCACCGCCGGAGCCUCCCGCCUCCUCCUUCCCAACCGCAGUACCAGAUCCCGGAGGAGGACGAGUGCCCCGUGUGUCACCGCGAGCUGCCGCGGCGGACGCUACCCAACGUGGAGGCGCUGCGCGAGUCGCACAUCGCCGCCUGCAUCGUUACCCACAGCACAUACGGCGCUUCCCCGGCCCGCCCCGCCGCCUCGUCAUCGGCAGAGAACGGUGGCAGCGGGGAGGGAUCUUCGUCGUCGUCGGGCGCUCAGACGCAGCCGCGCCUUCCCCCAAUCCCGCCCCGCCGCACCGGCAUGUUCCCGUAUCUGGCGACGGAGAAGGACUGUGUCGACUCGGCUGAGUGUACCAUCUGCCUGGAGGAGUUCGAGGUUGGGGCCCCCAUGGCCCGUCUCGAGUGCCUCUGCCGCUUCCACCAUGCCUGCAUCUCGGCCUGGUUUGUCAACCACCCGGGCCGUUGCCCCGUGCAUCAGCAUGACAGCUUCGGCUAUUGAUCCGCCUUGCUUCAUGGCGUGUGUGGCCCGUCGCUGGGUCAAUGCUGUCAUGCCUCUUCCUGUACCUUGCCAUUUGCAUCCCUACAUAUCAAGUGCAUACAUUUAUAUACCCAUCCUUUGUCUCUUUGACUCCACCCGUCGCGGCCUGACCGCUACUCUCUCUCACUCUCCAUCUCAUGCGCGUUUCCUCACGACCCUGAUUUCUGGUGCCACCCCCUCGUUGCUCCACUGCAAGGCACCUCGACCUGUAAAGUGCCGGGAAGGGCUCCUUUGAUAGCAUCGUCAUGCAUCUCAUUUUGUGUCUAUCUCACGGCGUACUCUAGGAGCGCAUCGGGGUGUUGCUUGCUUUGUGCUUUUUCUCCUCUCGGCUGGGGGUCUGGUUAAUGUCUCAGUAUCCAUGACGAAAUAUCCAAUGUGUAUUUUGAGCACAGUAUCACUGGCGGCUACUAGAUUGCAUCAUAUCAAAUCUAGCAUUUGUUUUCAGGCUCCUUCGUUCCAUGUUGCGCCUCCCGAGGCUUGCUAGAUCUACCUAGACAUGACUCUACAGUCAUAGACUCAGGUGACGACAAGUUUGCCUUGUUCAUAGUGCAGCGUGUUGAACAUAAAACCGAAUCAGUAUAUAUCAUUCCUUACACGGCCUUGCAUGGUUGUGGCCUGUCGGCUCCGCGUGCAUAGUCGGGCACAGAAUGCAUUAAAAGAAAACUCCGGCACUACCACCUAGAUACACUGCUACCCAGAAAUGGGGUCAUGAGAGGGGCGGGCGGGCGUUCUAUUGGCCGCCUGCCUGUUCUGCACAACGAAGCCAAAAAGAAGUUUGUGUUUCCUCCCCAACACACGUGUUGAAG